AUGGCAGCAGACGACGAAUAUUAUGCUUUCGAUAACGAAUCGUUGCUGCGAUCAAGGAACAGUGCCAAUGGGAAUCUUCAGAGGGGAGAAUCUCUGGUGAGACGGGACAGGAAUGAUUUCACAAACCCGGCAAAUCCGCACCACUACUACGCGCAAAAAGCACAACAGCAGCGUGAAAAUGGCCAGGUUCAGGUCCAAGAGUCAAUUCCGCUCGAAGACAUGGGUCGCGGUAAAAAAAAGAGCGCGCCUACAAAGGAACCCCCCACAUCUCUGUCGAUUUGGCAGGUGUACUGCUACAUUAUUACCUUCUGGGCGCCUGCGCCUCUUUUGUCGCUUUUUGGAAUGGCUAAGAAGGAACGUCAAUUUGCCUGGAGAGAAAAAAUCGCGUUGUUGUCGGUGAUAUUCUAUGCCGGCACCAUUGUUGCCUAUUUGACCUUCGGCUUUACGAAGACUGUUUGCGGCAGUCAAGUGCUACGUCUUCGGAACAAUGAAGUUUCCGGCAGCUAUUUGAUCAUCAAUGGUAAGUCCUACGAUCUUGAUUCGUCGUCGCAUCCAGCUGCGGCUGGCAUUGAAAGUGGCACCAACGUUUUGUACCCUCCCAUCAAUGCUGGCGGAAUGGACGCUUCCUUUUUGUUUCAAAAUGUCAAUGGUAACUGUAAGGGUCUCAUCACACCAAAAGACAACUGCAGUAUCCCCUACGACAAUGACGAAGAUUUGGCUUGGUAUUUUCCCUGUAAACUGACUGCUCAAGACGGCUCGACGAAGCCAAAUUUCACAGUAAGUGAGUAUUAUGACGGUUGGGCCUGUCAUACCUCGCAGGAUGCUCGUGAUGCAUACUACUCGCUUGAUGCUGCGGCUGAAGUAUACUACACUUGGGAUGACAUAAAAAACUCAACUCGAAACCUAGUAGUUUAUAAUGGUCAUGUCCUAGAUUUGGACUUAUUGAAUUGGCUUCAAACUGAUGAUCUUGACUAUCCAUCCCUAUUCGAUCAACUAAGAGAUGCGAAACUGCAAGGCUAUGAUAUUUCCCUGGUUUUAUCGGACUCUUUCGAAAGAAGUGCCGCUCGGUGUCUAUCAGAAAUCAUAAGAGUUGGUGAGAUUGAUUCGUCAACUAUCGGUUGUCUCGCAUCUCAAGUUGUACUGUACAUUUCCUUAGUUUUCAUUCUGUCAGUGGUUUUCAUCAAGUUCUUUAUUUCCUGUUACUUCCGCUGGGUCGUGGCUAGAAAACAAGGAGCUUACACUGUAAGCAACAAGACCAUGAAUCAGCAUGCUAAAGAUAUCGAGGAUUGGUCCGAGAACAUAAACGCUAGAGGACCGAUCAAAAAAAUUGACCCAAGCAUGAGGUCGGGUGGCCAACGAAGGGUUUCUGCAUUUGAUCUCAUUAGGCGUAACUCUAUGAUGCUUCUCAAUGACAAAACAGAUGAUCCCAAUGAUAAGUUUCGCGGUAUGACUACUAUGACAACACAAUCCUAUUUGAAGCCAAACCCUGCCGACCCGAUUCAAGGCACUUCUGCAUUUCAGUCUCCUUUUACAAAUGACUUGAUUUCCUCGAGUAAUAAUCUGGAAACCUUGGAUGCCACAAUUAUUCAUCCAGAUGUUGUCGCGCAACCUCCAGUUGAUUUUAUGCCCACUACCUAUCCGCUGAUCCACACCAUAUGUUUUGUGACGUGUUACUCUGAAGACGAACAAGGUCUGAGAACAACUCUAGAUUCUUUGGCUACCACUGAUUACCCAAACUCGCAUAAACUUAUCAUGGUUGUUUGUGAUGGUCUUAUCAAGGGUUCUGGUAACGAUUUGACCACUCCUGAAAUAGCUUUAAGCAUGGUUGACGACUUCGUCGUUCCCCCAGAAGAGGUAGAGCCUCAUUCGUACGUGGCCGUAGCUUCUGGGUCUAAAAGACACAAUAUGGCCAAAAUCUACGCUGGCUUUUACAGGUAUGAUAACUCUUCCAUUGAGCCUGAGCUCCAGCAACGGGUUCCUAUGAUAGUAAUUGUCAAGUGCGGUACGCCUGAUGAGCAGGGUUCCAUGAAACCUGGUAACAGAGGUAAGCGUGAUUCUCAAGUGAUCUUGAUGUCUUUCUUACAGAGACUAACUUUCGAAGAAAGAAUGACAGUAUUCGAGUAUCAAUUGCUGAAGAAUAUCUGGCAGAUAACUGGACUUAUGGCUGAUUUUUACGAGUUGGUACUCAUGGUCGACGCUGACACUAAAGUAUUCCCCGAUUCCCUGACUCACAUGGCUGCUGAAAUGGUAAAAGACCCAGAAAUUAUGGGCCUGUGUGGUGAGACAAAAAUCGCUAAUAAAGGUGAAUCGUGGGUUUCUUGGAUUCAGGUAUUUGAAUAUUACAUUUCUCAUCACCAGGCAAAGGCUUUCGAGUCCGUUUUUGGAAGUGUGACCUGUUUGCCGGGAUGUUUCUCUAUUUACAGGAUCAAAGCUCCAAAGGGUGCAGAUGGAUACUGGGUGCCUAUCUUGGCCAAUCCUGAUAUUGUGGAAAGAUACUCGGACAAUGAUACUGGCACUCUGCAUAAGAAAAAUUUGCUUUUGCUGGGUGAAGACAGAUUUUUGUCUUCUCUCAUGUUGAGAACAUUUCCUAAGCGCAAACAGGUUUUUCUACCUAAAGCUGCCUGUAAAACGAUUGUCCCUAAUAGCUUCAGCGUUCUUUUGUCGCAGCGGAGAAGAUGGAUUAACUCAACUGUCCAUAAUUUGAUGGAACUUGUGUUGAUCAAAGAUUUGUGUGGGAGCUUUUGCUUUUCGAUGCAGUUUGUCAUCGGCAUGGAAUUGGUUGGUACCCUGGUAUUGCCAUUAGCUAUCUGUUUCACCAUUUACGUGAUUAUUUUUGCAAUUGUGUCCCGCCCUGUGCCUAUUAUCACAUUGGUCUUAUUGGGUGUCAUUCUAGGUCUCCCUGGUCUUCUCAUUGUGGUCACGGCAAGCAGAUGGUCAUACCUAGGCUGGAUGAUUAUUUACAUUAUUGCUCUCCCUAUCUGGAAUUUCGUGCUUCCUGUUUAUGCCUAUUGGAAAUUCGACGACUUCAGUUGGGGUGAUACUAGAACGAUUGCUGGUGGUAACAAAUCAGCCGCGCAUGAUGAAGAGGUAGGGGAGUUUGAUCAUUCAAAGAUUAGGAUGCGCACCUGGAGAGAGUUUGAGAAAGAAGAGCGCAUGAAAGCCAAAGGUCAAGGUCAACAUUCGAGAUUAGGCUCGAUCUUAAAUUUAGAUCUCAUGCCCGAGGUAAGCAAUUCUGACAGAGACGAUCACCGCUCUUUUUGA